UUCUGCCGCUUUUGUUGCGAGUGGACGUUGCAUCGGUGGCGUUGCACCCGGAAGAGCAAACGAUCAGCGCGCCGCUCAGCACCAGCAUGUAAAACACCACCAUCUCCACGCCUCGAGGGACGCUGAGGAACGCAGCCUGUACAGAAAACGCGGUCGAUUUCUUCGACGGCCGAGCGGAAUUUUGGGCAGCAGGAUGGCAACAGCGGUUGACGAUGAGGAUCAACAGCAACAACUGGAGCAGCUGCAAAAGCCAAAGGAGACUCGUGUCGAGAUUGCAGAGGAGGCUCGCGUCGGAGGUCUGUCCCGAGCAUCUUUUGUGCAGACCGCAGCAGGCUCGGCUGCAGCCGUCCUGGCACUCUCGCUGGCACCGAAGAAGGCGUUUUCCGCGUUCGAGGAGAGCAUAGACAUGACCUGGACGUCGGUCAACACCUUCGAGAAGAGCGCCGGGGUCGCUCAGGACACGUACUCCCCGCGGUUCGUGGCCUACCUCGCGCGAUUCCUGGUGAACUACGACAGCGUGAGCGCGCACUGGUGGAGGAAUCAGCAGACGUCCGUCUCCCAGGCGAGCGCGCAGGACUUCGCCAAGAGGCUCGUGGAGCAUGGGGCGGCGGCUGUGUUCAAGGCAUCCGAUCUGGACGGCGACGGGACCCUGAACGAGGAGGAGUUUAGCCUGGCCAUCGCGGACCAGCAGAUCGGCUUUGCAAAGUUUGAGGUGCGGGGUUGGUGCGCCCUGCGAGCCGGCGGUGGCAUUGUUGCGAGCGUGAACUUCGGCCUGCGCAAGUACGGCGGCAAGUCCGGGGUCAAGAAGCUGUUCAAGCUGCUGGUGGAGGACUUCGGGGAGGAGACCGCGGGGAAGCGGCAGAUCGCGCUGCUGUUUGCGCUGCUGGACUCCGACCAGCCGGUGGAGAACAUCAAGGCCCUCAUGGGGGAAACGGACAACUCUUCCAUCUUGAGCUAUAAAGUGACCAACGGAGGGCGGGGGUACGAGGCGGGGCACCCUCCGGCCGUGAAGAUCGAGGCGCCGCCCUACCUGACGGACACGGCAAGGGCGACGGCGACGCUGAGGCGGUCGGGCAGCGUCUUCAGGGUGGCGCUGCGGUCGCCGGGGAAAGGGUACCAGACGGCCCCGACGGUGACGAUAUCGCCCCCAAGGUGGUGGUGA